AUGAGCCAAGGUCUGACUGUUGAUUUUGAUUAUAUCGCUAACAACAUUCAAACAUAUAUCGAACAAGAUAAUUUCUAUGAUAUUGUAGAUAAAGAUGACAUUCCAAAAGUAUUAGAAAAAGUCAAUCUUAAAUCUAACGAUUUCUCUACUCUUCUUUCUCAAGGCAAAUCAAAGUACAGUACUCCCAAACUAUUUUGUUUUAUUCGGAAAUGCAAUGUUUUAAUUGAUUCAUUCGAAGACGCGAUUAACGUUCUUAAUUGCUAA